ACCUCAUUGACAUUUCGGACUUGCCACUGCCAGUGGUCGUUGCACACUCCCCGGUUCCCGUUGAUCACCUCUAGUCUGCCAUGUCCGCUGGUCAGUCAACACAGAAAAUCGUUGCACAAGUCGUGCCGGAGGCCAAGGCUCGCGGUGCAAACCGGUCGACAAAGGUCGCGGGCAAGCUAAAGGUGUUGCCAGAGCAGCCAGAACCUGUUUUGCCAGCGAAGAAGGUCGAGGUCCCCGCACCCCCGAAAGACGCGGCGGUAGCCGAGGAGAGCGAGGAGGAAGCGGAAAGCGAUGAGGACGGAGAUGAUGAGGAGGAGCCGGAAGACGUAGAGGUCUACAACCAAAUCGACCUAAUACCGGCUGGCACUGCAAGACGGGAUGCAUUACGCUUGACGAAACGAAAGGCGAAGUCGUUACCGCGCGUGACUGCCUAUGCCACUGCUGGUUCCUAUCGGUUCCCGGAGUUGAUGAAGUUCUUCAAUGCGAGGCGUUCUUCAUACCACACUAACCCCCGAAUCAUUGACGAGGUUAUCUACACACCCUAUGCUUACGACGAACACGCCGAGGCGUCCUCCGGCUCGCAGCGUCAAGUACGCUUUCAGGCUGGUUCGCCGGAUACUGGGGAUUUGCUCGGCGUACCGGAGCUAGCACCGGACAGAGAUGGGCAUGCUCAUACAGACGGCGAACAGGAAGUCACCAAACGUAGGAGGAAGCACAAGUUCCUAGUGCCCGAGACUCCCAGGGAGGCGGAGAUAUUCAUGUUCAAGUACGGAACGGUUGUGCUCUGGGGCAUGACUGAGGCCCAGGAGAAGCGGUUCCUCUCGUCAAUCAAGCGAUUUGAGGUGGACAAACUAGCCCCGCACGAUGCAGAGAUGGAAGAUCUCAAUUACUAUUACGCGAAUUAUAGCCGGAUCUACAACGAUGUGAUCACUCUGCGUGUGGGAUCAGGUUACAUGACAAAGCUCUCACUGUCGCAUGCUUUGUCGCAGUCUGUCAAGAUUUCUCUGUUUGAGGAGCUCAUCUCGACAACCAUCGAAGAGACCAAGGACAUUCCCGAGAUCAUAAGCGAGACAGGGAAGAUCGGGAUGCCGCAUAAAGAUAUCAUGCGAAAGAUUGGCGAGCUGUUUCUAUUGAGGACAAAUAUCAAUUCGGUCGGAUCAGUGCUAGACUCCCCGGAAGUGUUCUGGACGUACCCUGAUUUGCAACCGCUGUACGAUGCAGCACGCGACUACUUAGAAAUUCCUCAGCGAAUCGACUUGCUCAACACUCGUGUCGAGGUCCUACAAGAUAUGCUCCAGCUUCUCAAAGAGACCGUGUCGAGCCGGCAUGCGGAACGUCUCGAGCAGAUUGUCAUCGCUCUGAUCGUGGUAGAGAUAGUCCUCGGGAUCAUAACGAUUAUCGUUGACCUGUUCGCAUAAUCUCGUGGACUACGCCUGGCGUUGACGGGGAAACCUUGAUUACUAUCACUAUACCACACACGUCGCAUUGUAGCACAAGUAGUCGUAUAUCCAUCCGAGGUAUCGUAAGGUUCCGGAGUUGUCUAUAAGACGCAUCAGUACGAAUGAGGUGCACGUUUAGCCCCUUUGGCAAGGCAGGCACCGAGGGUCU